CGCGGGAAGAGUUGUCUGGAAAAAUUCCAGUCAAAAUUCAAGCUGUUUUGCUGGAGAAAGCAUUCAAGGGGUGAUGGCUCGUUGAUGAAGCACGAACAGGAGCAGCGGGAAAUUAAAGCCUUCCACUACCGCAUCAAUAAAUGAAUUAGCUUGCAGAGGACAGCCAAUCGCUUCACUCUCCCUGCGAUCGCUGUUGAUUUAAUCUUUGCGUAUGUGAGAAGGAGGAGAGGAAGGAGAAAACUAAAUUUCAAAGAGUUGAAUCAAAGAGAGGUUGAAAGAAGGGUAAAGAGUCUGACACCGCAACAACGAAGGGUUGCCCGUAGGGCCCCGUCCGUCGCAGGCGCAGCUCCCAGACACAGACACACAUCUUCCUCGUGAGGGUUGGUUGAUUCAAUUGCUGGAAUGGAGUAGAUGAAAGAAAGGAGGAGGAAGAGCAGCAGUAAGUGAGGAGGGUCGAGGUAGAGGGUUACAGCUGUGGUGGACGUGAAAGCAGCAGAGACCACACACGUAGGCGAUGCGUGAUGACUGAUACAAAUCUCUGCAGGAAUAAUAAAUGACAGCAGCACCAGUUUGCAGCGUUAAUUAUUGAGGGGUUGGACCAGGGUGCAGGGCGUGGGAGGGGCGAAGCGUAACCUUGUCGGUUGUUCCCAAUUCUCUUCUCUUCUCUUCUCUUCUCCUCUCCUUCCUGAUCGUCUCGUAUCGUCUCGUAUCGUCUCUUUGAAUGGAUGAGCCAAGGAUAAGCAACGGGGUUUCUUCACACCUUUCCCCUUUUCGCGAACAGAAGGGGAGUUAGGAGACCAUCACCAUGCACACCGUAUCCCACGCCACGCCCACUACUCACUCCUCGCUGUUGCUGCGGUCUCUGUAGCUCGCUCUAGCUCUUCUUUUGGUCGAGCCAGCAAUUAUUCACGCGCCGUGAGUCAGUGCAGGAAGAGCUGGAUUCGAUUGCCCCGGCGCGGAGUUGAUUUAGUCCUACAUGCCGAUCGAGAUCUGAGUUGAGAGGGGGCGGUGGCUGCGUGUUGUAGGCGGGAGGUGGUCGAAGCUCGCCGGGGGGUCGUUUUGUAGAAAGUUGAGAUUUUGAUGGAGUUUAGGCACAAUCCGAAUGAGAUUGGGAUCGCUUCCUCUUCUUCUACCGCUUACAAUCCUUCUUUGGUCAGAGGAGGAUCCGCCUUCUCUAAGCCGACUCUUUCCUCCUCUUCUUCUCUUGUUGCGCCCAGGGCAGCAGGAGGCGGUGGCGGAGGAGGAGUAGGGUUGAGAAAUGGGAACAACUUUAGCCAUGCUCAGACGCCGCCGCCGUUGCCGCCAUCUGCUCUUGAAACGGCUCCCACCGUCAUCGAUCACCCUUCACAGUCUGUCGCGAAGAACACGGAUCAAUCUUCCAUCUCCAACUCGCCGCCGCCUCCGGGGGUUUCUGGUGUAGCCGCGACGACCAACUCAAAGGCGAAGACUUCCGCUGGAGCCGUUGAAACGGAUGUCUUGGUGAGGUACAAGGAGUGCCUCCGCAACCACGCGGCGGCGCUCGGGGGCCACGUUCUUGAUGGCUGCGGCGAGUUCAUGCCUGAUGGCGAGCCCGAGACAGCGGACGCGCUCAAGUGCGCGGCAUGCGGCUGCCACCGUAGCUUCCACCGUCGGGAACCGGACGGCAGCGGGAGCUCGUACUACCAUGGCGGUGCGACGCGGCUACCCCUCUUGCUCCCGCCUCCGCCGCCGCCCUCGCACCACCAGAAGUUCCAGUUCAGUGGGUUCUCCACCAGCCCAUCCCCAGCGGCCGGCAUGCCUGGCUUCGUCCACUUCGGCGGCGGAAACAACCCUAGCGGGAGCGGAGGCACCACCACCGAGUCAUCGAGCGAGGAAAAAAUGCGCACAGGGACCCCCACGACCUUUGCCGCCGUCGCUAUGCCGAGGAAGCGGUUCCGGACCAAGUUCACGGCGGAGCAGAAGGACAAGAUGCUGGCUUUCGCGGAGCGAAUCGGGUGGCGUAUCCAGCGGCAAGACGACGCCAUGGUGCAGCAAUUCUGCUCGGAGAUUGGAGUGAGGAGACAAGUCUUGAAGGUGUGGAUGCACAACAACAAGCACGCAACGGCGAGAAAGCAGCCGCAACAGCCUCCUCCCCCGCCGCCCCCAUCUUCUCCACAUCCCAAGCAGGAGCAACAAUCCUUAGUGCAACAGCGCAACCAUCAUCCGCAGCACCUUCAGUAGUUGCUCACUUUGCUCGGCGAUGCCAAAUUAGUGUUCAAAAUAUUGGCUUCAUACUGGUUUGAGCUGCUUCCCCUCUCCUCGCUCUUCAUCUAAACGCUGCUGUUUGGCACUCCAACCUUCAUUUUUUUUAUGUUACAAUCCGCAUUAAUCUAUCAAUCUUCGUGGCCAUUUUAGCUCCAUCCAACGAAUUGAACUUAUAACUUGAACUCGCCUCGCGUUGAUUUCAGUAAAGAGUUUCACAACAACAUUCUCGGGACCUUAGUUUGUGUUUUGAAUUGAUACUGAAAACUAGCAAUCAAGUGCCUUAAUCAUCA